UCGUAGCGCCGCUAGGACCGUUGGCGAGUCGGGCUGUGCUCGUCACGACCUGGGCACUGCGAGCUGCGAGCGAGCACGCGGGCCAGUCGUCAUGUCGCGUUACGGGCGGUACGGAGGAGAGACCAAGGUGUAUGUUGGUAACCUGGGGACCGGUGCUGGCAAAGGAGAGUUAGAAAGGGCUUUCAGCUAUUAUGGUCCCUUAAGAACAGUGUGGAUCGCAAGAAACCCUCCAGGAUUUGCCUUUGUGGAAUUUGAAGAUCCCAGAGAUGCAGAAGAUGCAGUACGUGGACUGGAUGGGAAGGUAAUCUGUGGUUCUCGAGUGAGAGUUGAGCUGUCAACAGGCAUGCCUCGCCGAUCUCGUUUUGAUAGGCCACCUGCUCGCCGUCCCUUUGAUCCUAAUGAUAGAUGUUAUGAGUGUGGAGAAAAGGGACAUUAUGCUUAUGAUUGCCACCGUUACAGCCGACGAAGGAGAAGCAGGUCAAGGUCUAGAUCACAUUCGAGAUCCAGGGGAAGGCGCUAUUCUCGUUCACGCAGCAGGAGCAGAGGACACAGGUCCAGAUCUGCAUCUCCUCGACGAUCUAGAUCUGUAUCUUUGCGUAGAUCAAGAUCGGCUUCGCUCAGACGGUCUAGAUCCGGUUCUAUAAAAGGAUCGAGGUAUUUCCAAUCUCGUUCAAGGUCACGAUCCAGAUCCCGGUCUCUUUCACGACCAAGAAGCAGCCGAUCAAAGUCCAGAUCACCAUCUCCAAAAAGAAGUCGUUCCCCAUCAGGAAGUCCGCGCAGAAGUGCAAGCCCUGAAAGAAUGGACUGAAGCUCUCAAGUUCAUCUUUUGGGAAAAGUUAUUUUGUUUACAUUAUUAUAAGGGAUUUGUGAUGUCUGUAAAGUGUAACUGAGGAAUGGUAUUCGAACCAUCUAAUCAAAAUGGAUCUGGAUUAUUACUCUGUAAAUUCACAGCAGUAAGAUAAUAUACAUUUUUGUUGAAUGUAGCUAACAUCCUAUGAUCUGAACGUGUGGGGUUUUUAUUUGGCACAUUUAAAUAAAAUGUUUCUAACUAGAA